AUGGUGCUUCCCAGAGGCACAAGCGAUGCCAGCCCCUCCAUAGCCCCCUCGCAUGGGAGCCAGAUCGGUUUCGGCAAGAUGGAUGGCGAACAACCGCAUUGGGGCUUACUGCUUGAACUCUCUUCGUCGGGGUACUCAGAAGGAGCUGUGGUGUUGCUGGCAGGAGCUGUGGUGUUGCUGGCAGGAGCUGUGGAGUUGCUGGGAGGAGCUGUGGAGUUGCUGGCAGGAGCUGUGGAGUUGCUGUUAGGAGCUGUGGUGUUGCUGUUAGGAGCUGUGGUGUUGCUGGCAGGAGCUGUGGUGUCGCUGGGAGGAGCUGUGGAGUUGCUGGCAGCAGCUGUGGUGUUGCUGGCAGGAGUUGUAGCCACAUUCGCCGCCUUACCCAAUGUUGCGUCUGCUGCCUGCGACGCCCGCAGAGGACUCGCUGCAAGGAUGGGAGCACGUGAUGCAAGGUGCACGGCCAGGAGCGAUGACGACCAUGAUGGCGAGCAGCGCAAGAACGGCCUUGCUCUUCCCCAUGCUGCCGCGUAG